AGUAAGGACAGGUGUUAGUCACAGGUGUACAACGGCAGCACUGCACGACAACCGUUACCCGAGCAACAACUGUACUAAUUACUUGUUUGAAAUCAACUCGGUUUCACAGAGUGUGGUAAUUGUCAUCUAGGAACAAUGGCUUUAUGUUUGGUGUUGGGUUUGGUUUUGGCCGGAUUGGCAUCCGGGCAAGAUUCUCAGUUCGCCGGAUGGUCACAGACUGACCUUGAUGCGUACUGCAUCCGGUUGACUGAAGUGGACCUGAUUCGAAACCAGCUUGAGACGACAAUGGCUGAACUUACAACAUACAGAAACAAAUACCAGAAAGCCGCCGCUAUUGUUCGCCAAAGGUCUAGCUACCGUUUUCCUAGACCUCAGUCGACCUCGGGACGGUUACUUUUUAGAGCAAAACACGAUACCCCUCUAACGUCUUUGACCGCCUGUGCAUGGAUGAAGACCGACUUUAAAUGCGCUCCUAACUGUCACCUACUAACUGUGUUCUCGUACGCCCACAAAGCAAAUUUCAACGGCUUCAUCUUCGCAUUCGAUGGAAGCAGCUUUCAAAUGCACGUUGAGAGUCAGGUGACGGUUUUCGGGAGAGGUAAAGUGUCUGGAUUUCUGGAUAACCAAUGGCACCACCACUGCUUCAGUUGGAGCAACGCUGCAGGAAGUUGGAGAUACGUCCGCGAUGGGGCUUUGGUGGCAAAUGGGACAGAUCCAAGAACCAAAGGACGCAUUAUAUCGGCAGGUGGCAUUUGGAGCGUUGGACAAGAACAAGACAGCGUUGGGGGCGGUUUUGAAACCACACAGGCAUUUGUUGGCGACAUCACACAGGUGCACGUUUGGGACACAGAUAAAGUACAGCCGGCAGAGGUCGCUAAAUGUGGAAGUGACCUGAAAGGAAAUAUAAUAAGUUGGGGACAGGAUCCUCUCGAAGAGAACAACUUGGCAUCCUACCCGAACAUCGACCCUUCUUGUGCGAAAGCGUCCUGUAAGGAUAACUAGCAGGCAGUCUACUAAAAUAUUGAUGAUGCCAUUUUAUAUGGCCUUGCUUGCUGUGUUACAAUAAAAUGCACUGCGUCUCAGAUUUAGUUAUUUAAUGUCACCGUAAUUGCCACACUAAAGGUAGAAAGA